AUGGAGCGGGUGAGCGAGGCCGCCGCCUGCGGCCCCUCGUCGGGCUGCUACACCUACCAGGUGAGCCGGCACAGCGCCGACGUGCUGCACAGCCUCAACCAGCAGCGCAAGAACGGCGGCCGCUUCUGCGACGUGCUCCUGCGCGUGGGCGACGAGAGCUUCCCGGCGCACCGCGCAGUGCUGGCCGCUUGCAGCGAGUACUUCGAGUCGGUGUUCAGCGCGCAGCUCGGCGACGGGGCAGGCGGCGGCGGUGGCGGCGGCGACGCGGAGGGGAGCGCGGCCGAGGCGGCGGCCGGCGGGGCCGCGGCGGCGGCCGGCGGCGCCCCCGGGGGCGGGCGGGAGCUGGAGAUGCACACCAUCAGCUCCAAGGUUUUCGGUGACAUCCUGGACUUCGCCUACACGUCGCGCAUCGUGGUGCGGCUGGAGAGCUUCCCGGAGCUCAUGACGGCCGCCAAGUUCCUGCUGAUGCGCUCUGUGAUCGACAUCUGCCAGGAGGUCAUCAAGCAGUCCAACGUGCAGCUCCUCGUGCCCCCUGCGCGCCCUGACAUUAUGCUGUUCCGUCCGGGGGCCGCUGACCUCGGCUUCCCUCUUGACAUGACCAACGGUGCCACUUUGGCGCCCAAUGGCAAUGGCAUCGCUGGCAUGCCUGAAGACGAGGCCACGCGGGCUGCGCUCAGCGCUGCGCAGUCCUCCCUACCUGUCCUGCAGGGUGUGGACCGCCUGCCCAUGGUGGCAGGACCUCUGUCCCCGCCGCUGCUGGCCACACCCUUCCAGAAUGUUGCUGCUAGUGCCCCCACCUUAAGCACCAAGAGGGGCAGAGGGCGUCCCCGUAAAGCCAAUCUCUUGGACUCCAUGAUGUUUGGUACCCCCGGGGGCCUGCGAGAGGCUGGUAUCCUGCCUUGUGGUCUCUGUGGGAAAGUGUUCACGGAUGCUAAUCGUCUUCGGCAGCACGAGGCUCAACAUGGGGUGACAAGCUUACAGCUGGGAUACAUAGACAUCCCACCCCCACGACUGGGUGAAAAUGGUGUCCCUGGUCAGGAUGACCCCGAUGCACCUCGAAAAAGAAGCAGGACGAGGAAACAGGUGGCCUGUGAGAUCUGUGGCAAGAUUUUUCGGGAUGUGUACCACCUGAAUCGACACAAGCUGUCACACUCUGGCGAAAAGCCUUACUCUUGUCCGGUGUGUGGCUUGCGGUUCAAGCGAAAAGACAGGAUGUCCUAUCAUGUUCGAUCGCAUGAUGGCUCUGUGGGAAAGCCCUACAUCUGCCAGAGCUGUGGAAAAGGCUUUUCCAGGCCAGACCACUUGAAUGGACACAUCAAACAGGUGCAUACCUCAGAGAGACCUCACAAGUGUCAGCAGGAAAAUGGCAGCCACCAUGGAAUAAGCUCAGAGACAUCCACAUCCAUAGAAAAGUUGAAACUUCAAGAGACUUGUAACGCUUCCUUUGCCACUCGUGACCGGCUGCGCUCACACCUGGCAUGUCAUGAAGACAAAGUUCCAUGUCAGGUGUGUGGGAAGUACUUGAGAGCAGCAUAUAUGGCAGAUCACUUGAAGAAGCAUAGUGAAGGUCCAAGCAAUUUCUGCACUAUCUGUAACCGAGGUUUCUCCUCUGCCUCCUACUUAAAGGUCCAUGUUAAAACCCACCACGGUGUUCCCCUUCCCCAGGUCUCCAGGCACCAGGAGUCCAUCCCGAAUGGGGGAGCAGCGUUCCACUGCGUCAGGACCUAUGGCAUCAAAGAAGGCCAGAAGUGUUCACAUUCGGACCCGAUUGAGAGUUCUGAUUCAUAUGGAGACCUCUCUGACACCAGUGACCUCAAGACUCCUGAGAAACAGAGCACCAAUGGGUCCUUCUCGUGUGACCUGGCAGUCAGCAAAAACAAAAUGGAGACGGAAGGAGAGAAGAAGUACCCGUGCCCUGAAUGUGGCAGCUUUUUCAGAUCAAAGUCUUAUCUGAACAAACACAUACAGAAAGUUCACGUCAGGGCCCUUGGUGGCCCACUGGGGGACCUGGGUCCUGCUCUAGGAUCCCCCUUCUCACCCCAACAGAACAUGUCUCUUCUGGAGUCGUUUGGGUUUCAGAUCGUCCAGUCAGCAUUUGCAUCAUCCCUAGUGGAUCCAGAGGUCGACCAGCAACCAAUGGGGCCAGAGGGGAAAUGA